GAGGCGGCGGGGGGCGGGCCGCAGGGGCGGUGGCAGCGGCCGGGCCCCGUGUGCUCCAUGGCGGCCGCCGCCGGCCCCGACGAGGCGGAUGAGGCGGUGCGGGGAACCUGUGAGGACGCGUCCGUCUGCAAACGGUUUGCUGUAAGUGUUGGCUACUGGGAGGACCCUUACAUCCAGUAUUUUGUGAGACAAGCUAAAGAAAGGAAAGCACCUGAGAUCAACAGAGGUUAUUAUGCUCGUGUGCACGGAGUCAGUUACCUGAUCAAAGCUUUUCUAGAGAAGACAGAAUGCAACUGUCAGAUUGUUAAUCUUGGGGCUGGCAUGGACACCCUGUUCUGGAGACUGAAGGAUGAAAAUCUUCUCCCUAGAAAAUAUUUUGAAGUGGAUUUUCCGAUGAUCGUUGCAAGAAAAAUACAUAAUAUCAAAUCAAAACCUCCCCUGUCAAAACCAAUUAUGGAAUCCCAUUCAGGGGACUCUCUUCUAAUAGAUUCCCACAGCCUGGACUCCAGUCGAUAUUCCAUAGUAGGAGCAGAUCUCCGUUUCUCAUCAGAUCUGGAGGAAAAGCUGAAGAAACAUAGCUUGGAUAUACAUUUGCCAACGCUGCUGGUGGCCGAGUGUGUGCUGGUUUACAUGACCCCCCAGCAGUCUGCAAACCUGCUCAAGUGGGCAGCAAGCACCUUCCCCGUGGCCAUGGUUAUCAAUUAUGAGCAGGUGAACAUGAGGGACCGCUUCGGGCAGAUCAUGAUCGAGAACUUGCAGCGCCGGCAGUGCAGCCUGGCUGGGGUGGAGCUCUGCAGCUCCCUGGACUCCCAGAGGGAACGACUGCUGUUAAAUGGCUGGGAAAAUGCCCGUGCCAUCGAUAUGAUGAAGGUGUACAGCUUCCUGCCACAGGCUGAUGUCAAAAGAAUAGAAGCCCUUGAAUUCCUGGAUGAAAAGGAACUGUUUGAACAACUGAUGCAGCACUACUGCAUCUGCUGGGCUUCAAAGGACAGCAGCAAUCUGGGUCUGGCAAACAUUGACUUCUGAGGGCUGCAGGGAGGGGAGCCUUGGGGAGCCCCCGUGACUGCCUUGGCUCGGGCCAGGACAUGGAAAGGAUGGGAUUUGCACGUGCCAACCCCGGGCUGUGGCUGGGACAGCUCCUGGUGCUGCUGGGGACAGGCCUGGUGCCCUUGGGUGGUUUCAAGGAACAUUUUCUGUGAGCAAGACUUGCCUCCCAUUCCCAGCUAUCUAACGGGGGACUUUGACAAGGUGUCAGUGAUUCCUGUUUAAAGCUUGCCUUCCUUAGUUUAAAACUGAAAGUAAAGUGUACAUGGAUUCUUUGAUUUCCCUCUUCUGUGUUUUUGUGGAUGUGUAACACGUGUUUGUGACAGGAAGCUGGGAAAGCAGCGCUGGGCAGCUGCAGCAGAGGGUGCCUGCACUGUGCAUGGCUGAGCAGGAGGGGAAUUCUGGGCAUUUUCAUUCUGUUCAGGUCUAAUUUUGAUGAAGUGUCACCGUGUUGGCUUCUCCAGGCUUCACUGUUGUGCAAGGCUGCCACUGUGCUGGGUGUUCUUGGAGGGGAAGGGUAAAGGAGAAGGAGGGCCCUGGCUGUGUUCAGUGAUGUACAAGAAACUGGAAAACAGACUCGAUUUAACUGGGAAGGGCUUAGCUUGUGGUUUCAGCACUGGGAUGGUGAAGAAAGAAAUUAAUCUCAAUUUGCACUGCUUCUGGUAGUAUCUUUACACCAGUUCCUCCUUCUCUCUUUCCCCUUAAAAGAAGCAAAACAAAAUCCCAACAGCAAUGAAAACCCUUGUCCUGUUGUUUGAAAUUGAAUCUUGCAACCUUCCUAUGAGAAAAAUAAUAAAUGUUUAGUAUUUAUAA